AUGUAUGUUGUGCCCCCUGUAGGUUUGAUAUGUGUACUACCUGUUUUGAUGACACCCACAACUGCCCAGUGCACGUCUUUGAAGACAUUGGAAAACAAACUCAUAGGCAGAAGACGUAACAUGGUAAGAAGGGGACAGGAUAUAUUGGGACAGUUACAACAAGUUUGGAAUAUUAAUGAAAUUAGGCAAGACUACAGCAUAGAAUAAUGACAAUGACAGUUGAUACAUGUGGAGAUUACAUUAAAGGUGGUAUUUUUCUACAAACACAAUCUGACACCAAAUCUUUCCUGUCUUUUUAACAGAAGCACAAUUUCCCCAUUAAUUACACCAUCAGAGUUCACUAUGAGGAGGUCUUCAAACUCAGCAACAUCACCAGGCUGGUGAGUCCCUCCCUUUGUUUCCUAACCUUUAUCAUUAUCACUGAUCUAACUUAAGUAAUGUGAAAAAUCUACUUGUCACACCGCCCACUCACCCGUCGUCUACAUUUACAUUUUACAUUUUAGUCAUUUAGCAGACGCUCUUAUCCAGAGCGACUUACAGGAGCACUACAUUGCUUCCUUAUUCUCCCUCCUUUAUCUUCACUCUUAUCACUCCAUCAGUCCCCUAGCAACCAAUUCCAUAGCCCAAGUUCACGUAAUAAUACGGAAUUCUCCUCGACCACGCACACCAAUUGGGGAAAACAAACAUUAUUUCCCUUUCACACCCAUUGUAAAAGAGUCAACAUUGUAGUCGAUCUUUUGUUUUUUUACACAAUAAAUGACAGGGAGGUCAUACAUAUGGAGUGUGCGACUCUCUUUGUUUUUAUAGCUUACAGUUUAUUCACCGUUAGUAAUCACCUCUACACUAAAGAAUGUUCUCUGGGUGUGCGCCAGCUCUUGCUUUUUAUACAGAAAUAAGAAAACAUGCCGAAAAGCUGAUGUGUUGUUCAAUGUACAUACACUGCUCAAAAAAAUAAUAAGACAUUUAACUUGUUUAAUAUAGUCCAUUUGUAACUCCACGCACUACUUGUAGCUGUAUAGUCCAUUUGUUUGUGUUGUUGGUGUUGGCUAGCUUAAUGUUCCGGUCGGUAGCUAGCUAGCACUCACUCAUGUGGCUGCUAGUACCGUCAUGAAAAGGGGCAAUAUUAACGUUUUUCUAAGUAGUGAGAACGCUCUGGAGCAGGCAAUGUUGAAAAGUAAUAUUUAGACAUGUUAUACUUUUCUUAAAUGUUGUUUUGUAAUUGACUAAAACAAGCAGACAACAAGAAAAUUGCGUUGAAAAGGGUCAAGUUUUUGCUGCGAGCCAAUGGGGUAACGUAGGUAACUACACCUUGUUUUCCCCACAGGCAGGCGUUCUAUCCAAUGAUGUAUAUAAACCACAUAGUUACUAAACCCGAAGGUGCAAUAUCGCGAGAAUUCUGGGAAUGCUUUUGAAACAGACCAAACAGACCCGGCCGGGUUUUGAGAAGGCAAUGAGAUAUUUUUUUUUUCAUUAGUUUGUUGAUUUUCUCAAAAUCUAAAGGCACAACCUAGAUUCGAGCCAACGUCUUAAGUAGUUGAACAUGUGACCGCCGUUAGACCCAACGCAUGAGCUUAGCUAGCUAAAAGCUAAUUUGUGCUUGAUCAGAAAAUUUGGUCGGAAGCUCCUUAUGGAGGGUGUGACGCAAUUGCGGAGCCUCCGGGGGCAUGCAGAGGCCAAAUUGAGCUCUGUACCGCAUCGCCAUGCACCCCCCAAAUUUUGUAACAAUGCGGAGGGCUCUGUAUAGCUCCAUACAGCUCCGCAUUGACAUUUGUAUUUGUAUUUAUUAAGGAUCCCCGUUAGCUGGCAGCAGCUACUCUUCCUGGGGUCCUGCAACAUUAAGGCAGUUAUAUACAAUUUAAAAUAUUACAUGACAUUAUAUUUCAUAACACUUUACCCAAUACAUUUAGUGUGUUCCCUCAGGCCACUACUCCACUAUCACAUAUUUACAUCCAUGUGUACGUGUGUGUAUAGUGAGUGUCUAUAUGCAUGUGUGUAUGUACCUGUGUGUGUGUCUCUUCACAGUCCCCGCUGUUCCACAAGGUGUAUUUUUACCUGUUUUUUUAAAAUCUGAUUCUACUGCUAUCAGUUAACUGAUGUGGAAUAGAGUUCCAUGUAGUCAUGGCUCUAUGUAGUACGGUGCGCCUCCCAUAGUCCGUUCUGGACUUGGGGACUGUGAAGAGACCUCUGGUGGCAUCUCUUCUGGGAUAUGCAUGGGUGUCCGAGCUGUGUGCCAGUAUUCCAAACAUGAUUGGUUGACAGUAGCCGGGGGUGGGAGGUUCUGUAUAAACACAAACUUACUUUCUUGCCAACUUCCUUCACAACAGCUCUGCUCAACAGCUCUGCACUGCUCCACAAAGCGCAAUAAAUAUGAAUGCCCUGACUUCUGUAGCGUAAAUACUGCACGGCCAAUGCAGAUGUCAGAUUGACCAUGCAGCGCCUUUUAGCUAGCCAUGACAUUGCCUACAAGUGUCAUCGGGGAUUUCAAUUGGAGAAGCAGUUUUAGCCUAUCAUCAUACUGUACUGUCUUUGUAUACACCCUGGAUUGCUGAUGCUAUGUAUUGGCCAUUGAGAGACUUUGAAGCCACCUGACUGCAAUAUUGGCACUCCCCAGUAGGAGCAGUCCUCCAUAGGAAUAAAUGGAAUUCUACAGUAUUUCAAUUAAAUGUUUCAAGGACAAAAUUAAAUGUAUUUAACAAUGUUUUUGUUAUAGAGGGGACAGUAACAUUAGUCAUCUAAAAAAAUUGUGGGGCAGUGCAAAUAGUUCGGGUAGCCAUGAUUAGCUGUUCAGGAGUCUUAUGACUUGGGGGUAGAAGCUGUUGAGAAGCCUUUUGGACCUAGACUUGGCGCUCCGGUACCGCUUGCCGUUAGGUAGCAGAGAGAACAGUCUAUGACUAGGGUGGCUGGAGUCUUUGACAAUUUUUAGGGCCUUCCUCUGACACUGCCUGGUAUAGAGGUCCUGGAUGGCAGGAAGCUUGACCCCAGUGAUGUACUGGGCCGUACGCACUACCCUCUGUAGUGCCUUGCGGUCAGAGGCCGAGCAGUUGCCAUACCAGGUGGUGAUGCAACCAGUCAGGAUGCUCUCGAUGGUGCAGCUGUAGAACUUUUUGCAUGUGGUUCAUGCAAUGGAAUGUUUUUAUUUCCUGCCUUUACUUCCAGCUUUGCUCCUAUGGGUACAUUAGUAAUGGCCACCAGUCCACCCAUUAUGCCAUCUUUGACUUGAAUGGGGACGCCCAUUCUAUUUAUUCUUAUUUCUAUGGCCAUCACGUAUAGACCCAGUUGGUAUUAAAUAGAACGUCGCAAUCCUGCCUGCCUGUGGGGAAAACAACCUGUGGUUACUUAGGUUACCCCAUUGGCUCACAACAAAAACUUGACCUUUUUCAAAUGCAAUUUUCUUGUUUGCUUGUUUUAGUAAAUUACAAAACUACAUUUAAGAAAAGUACAACAUCCAACAUUGCCUGCUUUUCAACAUUGCCUGCUCCCUAGCGUUCUCACUACUUAGAAAAACGUAAUAUUGUAGGGAUUCCCUCAUGCUUCUUUUCAUUACUAUGCUAGCAGCCACUACAAGUAGUGAGUGGAGUUACAAACGGACUGUACUAAACAAGUUAAAUGUCUUACCUGGGAUUAAAUGUUUUCCACACACCUAGCUACGUGUAGCCUACUUGGACACUGGGUCCCCACAUUUCCCACUCUCCCACGACAUAGCCUGAAGCCACAGGGCUCUUCUCGCAGACUCUAUUUCCCUACGUGGGAGGAAUGCGAAACGUAGGUCGGGAUUUUUGACCUGGCUACAUGUACAUUGAACAGCACAGCAGCCUUUCGGCAUGUUUUGUUAGUUCUGUAUAACAAAAAAUCAACGACUACGUUUUUGGUGGUCAAUAGAAAUGGGGGUCAAUAGAACAUAAUGUUGGUUUUCCCCAAUUUGUGGGCGUGGUCGAGGGGAAUUCCUUAUUAUUACGUGAAUACCGACUGGGGCUAUCCUGAACAUUUUUGAAGUGAGUCAGGAAAAAGAAAUUGCUAUGAGAAUCCCUAGAGACUCUGAGGGCAGACUUCAUCCUAAAAGUGAACAAGGAAAUAAAAGGAGGCUUUCUGUUCUACAUGGAUGAUCCUAAUGCUUGGCACAAAGCUCUCCGCAAGACCAACAAUUAACUUAAAAUGUCAGAAAACCUAACAAUGAGGCACUCCCAAAUUUAACAUUAAUAUUUAUAAUAACGGCACUGUGAUGGUUCAAGGCUCGGAGGCCAGUCUGGAUCAAUUUGUCCACUCCUUCGACAAAAUAAAACCUAUUGUGGCUGAACUUAAAACCUCUCCACUGUCAGUACCUACAACAGCCUCCACUCUCUCUGUGCCCCAGUAUGUAGUCCCCAGUGUCCCUCUCCCUCCCUCACCUGCAGCAGACAUAGCCCUGAGCAUGCCUCUCUCACACGGGACACCUGCAGUACCACAGCAUCUUAUAGAGGAGGAGAUCAGCCUGGUGCGUCAGCAUAGGGAUGAGAUCUGUGAGCUGCAGUGUGCAAUGAAAAAUGUUGAGGAGGACAACCAGGCUCUCAGGAUGGAAGUGCACAGUCUUAGAGAGGAACUGUCCAGCACAGUCAACACCAGCCACAUGCAGGACCUGCAGAAGGAGCUACAUGAGCGAAGGCAGGAAUUUCUCAGCCACCACCAUCCACUCUACAAAGAGUCGCACAAAAACCCAGGACCAAGCCAACAGCUGAAUCAGAACCCACCAACCAAGCAGCCCAACCAACCAACAUAACCAACCAAUUCACCAACCAAGCUGACCCCCUCCGUCCCCAUCUCACAGCCUGUAAUUAGCCAUAUGUCAAAUCAAAUUUCAUGGGGUCCCAAUCUUUAAAUAUUUCUGUUCCCAAGAAAUGUUUGCUCCUGGUUGUAGAUGUGUCCUAAACCAGAAUACACAUGUAUUUGUUGCUGGGUUUUACUCAAUUGAUCUCAAAACCCACAUGGCUAAAUGGGAUAAACCCUGUUAACUCCUCAUUGAUUGAUUUAAUUCUUACUAAUAACCCCCAUAAAUAUUUGUCUAGUGGAGUAUUUGCAUAUGAUCUCAGUGAUCAUAGUCCCAUAGUAUGUAUUAGAGAUACGAAACAGCAAAAUACUAAUCCUCAUUUAAUUAAGAAGAUAACUUUUUAAAAUGUAUCUCAAGGGUUUUUACAUGGCAUGUUAUACUCUGAUUUAGCCACUGUCUCUUGUAUUCCUAACCCUGAGUUGGCUCUAGAAAAUUGAUCCUCCAUAUUUAUUCCUCUGGCAGAUAAACACACCCCUUUUAAACAAUUCAGAGUCAAAGAUAGAUCUAACCCUUGGUUUUCUUCGGAGCUAUCUGAGCUCAUUCAGAUGAGACAUCAGGCCUGGGCCAAAGCAAGGAAAACUGACUGUGGUGGACUGGCAAUCUUUCAGACAAUUGAGAAACAGAUGUACUAUCUCGAAUAAGAAGCUAAAUCAAGCUACCUUUUAAGCUCUAUCUCUGAUUGCUGGGGAUCCUUCAAAAUUUGGGAAAACAGUAAAUGCACGGAAGCGUACAAAUUCCUCUUCUUCCCUACCUAAGAGAGUUAUGUCUGACUCUGGCAUCAUAACUGAGAAGAAUGGGAUAAGUGAUGCUUUUAAUCAAUCGGCAGGCUUUUUAUUUAAGACAAACGGUGGUUUAAUUGACCCUGGUCAGACAAUCGACUGCUCUUCCCUCUGCCAGCCUCUAGCUGACUCAAAUCAAAUCACAUUUUAUUUGUCACAUGCGCCAAAUACAACAGUUUACCGUGAAAUGCUUACUUACAAGCCCUCAACCAACAAUGCAGUUCAAGAAAGAGUUAAGAAAAUAUUUACUAAAUAAACUAAAGUAAAACAAAAUAACAAUAACGUGGCUAUAUACAGAGGGUACCGGUACCGAGUCAAUGUGCGGGGGUACAGGUUAGUCGAGGUAAUUUGUACAUGUAGGUAGGGGUAAAGUGCUGCCCUCUUCAUUGACCUGUCAAAGGCCUAUUUAUUGCCUUACCUCCAUAACUUGCUACAUUUGCACACACACUAUAUAUAUUUUCUGUUGUAUUUUUGACUUUAUGUUUUGUUUUAUCCCAUAUGUAACUCUGUGUUGUUGUUUUUAUCGCACUGCUUUGCUUUAUCUUGGCCAGGUCGCAGUUGUAAAUGAGAACUUGUUCUCAACUGGCUUACCUGGUUAAAUAAAAGGUGAAAUUAAAAAUUAAAAAAUACAUAAAAAGGCUUUCGAUACUGUUGAUCACUCACUACUAAUUCAGAGGCUUUCCUCAAUUGGCCUAGACCAGGCUGCAUGUAACUGGUUUUAAAAUUACUUGACAGAUAGAACUCAAUGUAUAUCUACUGAUGGUGUUAAAUCAGGUUUCCUAGAUAUUACGAAAGGUGUCCCGCAGCGAUUGAUUUUGGGUCCUGUACUUUUUACUCUUUAUAUUAACAAUAUCGACUUGUCUGUAAAAAAAUGUAACCUGCACUUGUAUGCCAAUGAUACUGUUGUGUAUGCUAUUGCCCACACCGUUGACCAUGCUCUAUCUGAACUACAGUCUGCCUUCAUUGUAUUACAGAAAAACUUUAUUGACCUGAAAUUAGUACUGAAUGCAGGUAAAAUUAAGUAUAUGUUGUUCUCUAGAGCACAUAAAAAUAACUAUGUACUUUGGAUGGUGUCCAUAUUGAUCGUGUCCCUGCUUACAAAUAUCUGGGCAUCUGAAUAGAUGAAAAGCUGUCUUUUAAAAAGCAUAUUGAUGAGUUAGAAAUAGGUCCUGCCUCUCACUAAAUAGUAGAAAGCCGAUUAUUCAGUCGACGUUCUUAUUGGUCCUAGACUAUGGCGACAUCAUCUAUAUGAAUGUACCUGCCACUUCAUUAAAGUUGUUAGAUGCAGUUUAUCAUAGCGCACUGCGCUUUAUUACGGGCGACAAUUUUAGUACUCAUCACUGCAUUCUCUACCAGAAAGUUGGUUGGCCCUCUUUGAUGUCACAUAGGUUGAUACAUUGCUAUGUUUUCAUUUAUAAAGCCCUUUUACAAAAUAUCUCACUGUUCCUAACAUCUUUACUAAACUUUAGACAUACGAGUUACCACACCUGGUCUCAGGUAUGGCUAACUCUUGAAAUUCUGGAAGUUAGGUAAAUCAGCUUUUAGUUUUCUUGCACCUUAUUUGUGGAACAAUCUUUAAAAAAUUCUUAAAUACACUGCUCAAAAAAAUAAAGGGAACACUUAAACAACACAAUGUAACUCCAAGUCAAUCACACUUCUGUGAAAUCAAACUGUCCACUUAGGAAGCAACACUGAUUGACAAUACAUUUCACAUGCUGUUGUACAAAUGGAAUAGACAACAGGUGGAAAUUAUAGGCAAUUAGCAAGACACCCCCAAUAAAGAAGUGGUUCUGCAGGUGGUGACCACAGACCACUUCUCAGUUCCUAUGCUUCCUGGCUGAUGUUUUGGUCACUUUUGAAUGCUGGCGGCGCUUUCACUCUAGUGGUAGCAUGAGACGGAGUCUACAACCCACACAAGUGGCUCAGGUAGUGCAGCUCAUCCAGGAUGGCACAUCAAUGCGAGCUGUGGCAAGAAGGUUUGCUGUGUCUAUCAGCGUAGUGUCCAGAGCAUGGAGGCGCUACCAGGAGACAGGCCAGUACAUCAGGAGACGUGGAGGAGGCCGUAGGAGGGCAACAACCCAGCAGCAGGACCGCUACCUCCGCCUUUGUGCAAGGAGGAGCAGGAGGAGCACUGCCAGAGCCCUGCAAAAUGACCUCCAGCAGGCCACAAAUGUGCAUGUGUCUGCUCAAACGGUCAGAAACAGACUCCAUGAGGGUGGUAUGAGGGCCCGACGUCCACAGGUGGGGGUUGUGCUUACAGCCCAACACCGUGCAGGACGUUUGGCAUUUGCCAGAGAACACCAAGAUUGGCAAAUUCGCCACUGGCGCCCUGUGCUCUUCACAGAUGAAAGCAGGUUCACACUGAGCACAUGUGACAGAGUCUGGAGACGCCGUGGAGAACGUUCUGCUGCCUGCAACAUCCUCCAGCAUGACCGUUUUGGCGGUGGGUCAGUCAUGGUGUGGGGUGCCAUUUCUUUGGGGGGCCGCACAGCCCUCCAGGUACCGAGAUGAGAUCCUCAGACCCCUUGUGAGACCAUAUGCUGGUGCGGUUGGCCCUGGGUUCCUCCUAAUGCAAGACAAUGCUAGACCUCAUGUGGCUGGAGUGUGUCAGCAGUUCCUGCAAGAGGAAGGCAUUGAUGCUAUGGACUGGCCCGCCCGUUCCCCAGACCUGAAUCCAAUUGAGCACAUCUGGGACAUCAUGUCUCGCUCCAUCCACCAACGCCACUGUCCAGGAGUUGGCGGAUGCUUUAGUCCAGGUCUGGGAGGAGAUCCCUCAGGAGACCAUCCGCCAACUUAUCAGGAGCAUGCCCAGGCGUUGUAGGGAGGUCAUACAGGCACGUGGAGGCCACACACACUACUGAGCCUCAUUUUGACUUGUUUUAAGGACAUUACAUCAAAGUUGGAUCAGCCUGUAGUGUGGUUUUCCACUUUAAUUUUGAGGGUGACUCCAAAUCCAGACCUCCAUGGGUUGAUAAAUUUGAUUUCCAUUGAUCAUUUUUGUGUGAUUUUGUUGUCAGCACAUUCAACUAUGUAAAGAAAAAAGUAUUUAAUAAGAUUAUUUCAUUCAUUCAGAUCUAGGAUGUGUUGUUUAAGUGUUCCCUUAAUUUUUUUGAGCAGUGUAUGAUGUUUUGGUGCCACUAGGGCAAUUCAGAAAGCUGAUUGAGGACCUUACUACUGAUGAAUGUGUUUUUAUUUUUUAUUACCGUGUUUUUCUUUCUUUCUGCUUGCAUUUUGUAUUUAUAUUUUGAUGUGUGUAUUUUCUGUAAUUUAUGUAAUUCAGGGCUCAUCUGUAAAAGAGACCUUGGUCUCAGUAUGACUCCUUGAUAAAAUAAAUAAAACAUCUCGAUCUGUUCCUCCCCCAUCCCACUCCAAUCUACCACACUUCUUUCUCUUCUCUCUGUACCUCCAGAGGGCAAGGGUGGAGGAUCUGGAAGACGGGGACCUGCAGGAUGUGUGGCUGUUGGUCAACCAGGAGGUGUUGAAGAGGAUCCUGAGGGUCUUGCCAGAGAGACACCCCUCCUACAAGUACACCGCCGACCUGGAGGAUCUCUUCAGGAAGGUCCAGCAGGUGUUCCCAACACAGAGUGAUGAGGUGUGUAAGACCGGACAUAGUGUCACAAUCACUGUUCUGCCCAUCUCUCUGUUUGAACAAACUUAUCUCAUAAUGGCCAUGUAUGUUUAUCUCUCAGAGAGAGCCACCAGAGCGAAUAGAGGAGAUCUACAAAAGAGUGAAGGAUAUUGACUCAAAAGGCUGGAGGUUCGUGACCCCCAAAUCUCUGUUGGAUAACUGCUAUCGGACAAUGCACUGUCUCUUCAAAGACUGCUUUCCCAGUGAAGAGGGAGAGCAAGACUGUGAGUGCACUUCAUUCCCUUACUGUACUUCCUCUCUUCCAUUACCUCUUAACUCUGCCCUCUCUAAUUCAAUUACCCACUGUCCAUCAAGAGUGUACUUUUCCAGACAUGCAGUUUUCAUUCAUCCCUCCUCUUGUAACAUGAGUCUUAACUACUAGUGAAAGUGUGACAGAAGUCAGAUGAUACACUAUAUAUACAAAAGUAUGUGGACACCCCUUCAAAUUAGUGGAUUCGGCUAUUUCAGCCACACCUGUUGCUGACAGGUGUAUAAAAUUGAGCACACAGCCAUGCAAUCACCAUAGACAAACAUUGGCAGUUGAAUGGCCUUACAGAAGAGCUCAGGGACUUUCAACGUGGGACCAUCAUAGGAUGCCAUCUUUCCAGUCAGUUCGUCAAAUUUCUGCCCUGCUAGAGCUGCCCCGGUCAACUGUAAGUGCUGUUAUUGUGAAGUGGAAACAUCUAGGAGCAACAAUGGCUCAGCCGCCAAGUGGUAGGCCACACAAGCUCACAAAACGGGACCGCCGAGUAAGCGCGUAGCGCAUAAAAAUCGCCUGUCCUCGGUUGCAACACUCACUACCGAGUUCCAAACUGCCUCUGGAAGCAACGUCAGCACAAGAACUGUUCGUCGGGAGCUUCAUGAAAUGGGUUUCCAUGGCCGAGCAGGCGCACACAAGAUCACCAUGCGCAGUGAAAACGCCUUCUCUGGAGUGAUGAAUCACGCUCUACCAUCUGGCAGUCCGACGGACGAAUCUGGGUUUGGUGGAUGCCUGGAGAACGCUACCUGCCCAAAUGCAUAGUCCCAACUGUAAAGUUUGGUGGAGGAAUAAGGGUGUGGGGCUGUUUUUCAUGUUUCGAGCUCGGCCCCUUAGUUCCAGUGAAGGGAAAUCUUUACGCUACAGCAGACAAUUACAUUCUAGAUGAUUCUGUGCUUCCAACUUUGUGGCAACAGUUUGGGGAAGGCCCUUUCCUGUUUCAGCAUGACAAUGCCCCCGUGUUACAAAGGGAGGUCCAUACAGAAAUGGUUUGUCGAGAUUGGUGUGGAAGAACUUGACUGGCCUGCACAGAGCCCUGACCUCAACCCCAGCGAACGCCAUAUUAAUGCCCAUGGUUUUGGAAUAAGAUGUUCGACGAGCAGGUGUCCACAUACUUUUGGCCAUGUAGUGUAUGUUAGAAUAACAAGUAGUGCAUUAGACGUUAAAUGCACUAUGCGUUAUGUGGGUUGAAUGCUGUAGCAACACAAAAUAAAACAAUUAAUGAAGGGUCAUGAUGGUAGUGAUUGCCCAUUACUUCUUAUCACUUAUUAACCAUAAUUUAUUCACAUUACUUUACUUUAAUACAAUAUUUUAGUUGUUCUGUAUAUUACAUUUGUUUUAUUUGAUGAAUGUAUUAUUUAAUUCCAAGUCAUCAUCUCAUCUCUAUAGAGCUGCUGCCUAUGCUGUCUGACAAAAUCACUAUUUUAGUAGUUCUUCAAAGUAAAUAAGGCAUAGUUGUAUGACUGCUGAAUACCAAAAGUGGGCAUUUUCCCCAGGAACACAAACCUACUCAACUGGUUUGGCAUACUGUAUGGGCUUGUUGUGUUCAUUGUGUCUCUUCAGUGUCUGUAGACACUAUGUUCUUAUUCAACACUGUAGUACCCAUUGAGGUCUGUGCCAUAAAAGGACUUGGACAUGCCUGUCAAUAUCUCCUGUUAGCCUAUUUAUUAAUCAUUUACACGUCCUAUAUCAGUAAGACAUAGCUAUGUGUUGCCUUGUUAGUCAACCCCUUAGAUGAAAGGGUUAAUAUAAAGAAAGAUAAAUCAUGUCAGACCGUGGGAAAGACGUUACACUGGCUGAUUUCGACACUAUCUUAAAGGGGAAGGUGAGGUGUUGGCUGCUUCCCACACGUCUUGCCAGGCCUCUUACUGUUUUCUUUGUCUUUACAUGUAUAGCAUAGAGCCGUGGACAUGUUCUGUUAACGCCUGUUAACACGUCUGAAUCAUUCACGAUUAACUACACAGCACUUCUUAAGGUUGAUCUGUUCCCUAUUUUACAGAGAGAUCAGUGGAGUUGUUGAGGCUAUAGCACAUCUGUUAACAAAUCAAUUGAAGGGCUUUCCAUAUGAAAAAUAUAAGGCAGGAAGGAGUAUAAAGCACUCAUGUGAGGAACAUGAAUAAUGAAUAUAAAAACAGCAAUAACAUUGCAACAGAAAAAUAGAGCGAAUAGGUUAAGGGCUUGCUUCAUGGCUAGGAUGUUCAAAGCAGACCAAAAAAAGUUUCAUGAAGUGUCAUUGAUCAUUAGAAACAGUUGGUAUGAUUUUAUCAGAAAUAUUUAGGUAUGAUUUUAUAAUGAUUAAUCUGUCACUUACACAAUUUUCUUCCCUCAGAUUGUGCUUUAUCUCACUGGCGGAAGGGCAGAAAGAGACAACUACAGUAAACCUGAGGAGGGCGCUAUUUCCAACCAGUGGCAAUGAGUGUACAAAACAUUAUGAAC